AUGUUCUUUUUAACGAAUCCAUUUGAAAAAAAAAAAAACAAUGUUAUAUUUAGAGCAAAAUUAGAAGAGAAACUAAAUGAAUACUUAUGCAACGGUACUAUAAUAUCCGGGGAUAAUUCUUUCGAUGAUGAAAAAAAAAAAAUAAAACAAGGAGAUAUUUCCCAAAUAAAAAUCACUAAUGAAUUUGUUAAUAAUUGCAACACGAAUUUACUUAUAAACAUUUUAAAAAUUAAUAAAAAAUUAAAAGUGUGUUACGAUGUAAAGUACAAUGUUGUUUAUAGUCUUUUGUUAAAAAGUUUUGAAAAAAGGUCAAAUAUAUGCAUUAACACCAAAAGUAAGAAAUGUAAGCCCAUGAUAAAUGUCUAUAAAAUAAAAAGAAAAAAUAUAUCUUAUUUUAUGAAUCAAUACCAUAUAAUAAAAUGCAUAUAUUCUAGCGAAUAUGGAAACACAUAUUAUUGUAAAAAUGUUAUAGAUAAUAAAAAAUACUGUAUAAAACUUUUUUAUCUAAGAUUAUGCUUAAAAGAUAACUGUCCAUACUAUAUUAAUAAUAAAGUGUAUUUAACAAAUUACUUUUAUAAAAUAUUAAGUGAAAUAUUUUUCCUAAAUUAUUUAGAAAAUAAUAAUAUAAUUAAUAUUGAACACAUAUUUUAUGAUGAAAAAAAUGAAAUUAUGUUCACUAUUUUUCCAUAUAUUAAACACCAAUCUAUGUAUUAUAAAAAAAAACAUAAAAUAUAUUCUAUCUAUAAUAAAAAAUUACUACGAUUAGAAAAUCAAAAAUUUAAAAUACAUCUAUAUUCAGAAAAUUUUAUUAAGUAUAUUUUUUUAAAUAUAUACAAUACAAUUAAUUAUUUGCUACAAAAAAAUGUAGCGUAUUUAGACUUAAAACCUGACAACAUUCUUUUAACCCAUAAAAAUCCUGACACAAUAGAAUCUUAUGAAGUUUCAUUUACGAAAAAUAAAAAAAUCGAAAAACUAAAUAAGGUCCACAUACCACCUAGCUCUAAAGUAUCAAAUAUAGAUAUAACCCUUCAUACAAAAUUCAAAGAGCAAAUAAAAGAAUCAUAUACCAAAGAUGAAUAUAUUAAAACCAUUUAUGCUAAUAAAAUUUUUCUUACCACCGAAAAAACCAAAAAAACGAUUACACCAAAAAAUAAUAUACACAGUUAUUGUUCCUAUACAAACUUAAAACCCGAAAAACUAAAAAAAAAUAAAAAAAUUAAAUAUAUAUACAAUGUAAAUUUGUCCAAAUCUUUUGAAUAUGAUAAAAAUGUUAAAAGAAUAUUUUUUACUAAAAACAAAUUAGACGCAUUUUUUUUUGCGCCUCACAAUACCACCACACAUAUACAAACUUUUAUUCAACAAAAAAAUAAACGUAAUAAAUCUUAUAUCCUAGAUAAAUCACAAAAUAAUUUAUAUAAAAAAUAUGAAAAAAGAAAAAACCCAAAUAAUGCACUAUCCCCCAAUAAAACCUACAUAAAUAAAAUAAAAAAUCUAUCAAUUUUCAAAUAUAAUCAGAAACAUUCUAUUAACUUUUUGAAGUUCUAUUGGCUAUAUUUUAAUAUUGGGAAACCAUGUGAUAUUAAUAAUGACUUUUUAGUAUAUUUAGAUCUGUAUUUUUUUAACAAAUACUAUAAUAAAAUCGAGAAUAUAUACACAGAUAUAUUAUCUAUGGAUAGAAAUCAAUAUAUUGAAAUAAGUGCUAUCAAAACACGUGAUGGAAAUAUUUGUGAGAAGGAAAAAAAAGAAAAUAUAGAUGAUAAUGACAAAAAUGUAUAUAAAGAAAAAAUCCAAAGUCUCGAUAUUGUUCCAACUGAUGAUAUGGAGAAACAAUUGUGUCUUUCAAAACAUGAAGUUAAUUAUAAUAAUUCUAUCAAAUUAAUAGAUUUUGAUGCAUGCACUUUUAUUAUAAAAUCAUUUAAUACUUACACCCGCGAAACUGAUAUGUUUAACUCCUUUGAAUCCUUGUUUCCUGAUAUUAAUAAAAAAAUCACACUUUCCAAAAAACAGGCAUACAACUUUGGUUCAGUUCUCUAUACCUUUAUAUUCGGAAUUCCUCCAUAUCAUGGCAAAGAUAUAUUCGAAGUUUAUGACAACAUGAAAAAUAGCAACCUAUAUUUCCCAAAAUAUAGAAAAAUUAAUACCAACUUAAAAAAUUUACUAAGGUAA